UUUAUAUCGACAACUUGUGAACAGAAAUUUAACCAGACAUCGUCACUUCAGUACUGCACCUCACAUCUCCUCUUGUUUACUUAUUUAUUACGUGGUAGUGUACUGGACACUCUAUUAGUAAAUAGUACAUGACAUAUUAAUAUGAGUGUAACUCAGACAAUGUCACUGUCAGACAUAGACAGUUCAGGUUGCUAAAAUUAUUUAGAUUAGGCAUUUUGGGGGGCUACUACUACUAAACUACUGUACAAGUACAAGUAAAAUCUACAUUUGAUGGCUCUCUCCUCGAUCAGUUGCAUGGAGUUGCCGGCAUCUACAAUGUUAUCCUGGCAAAUUAACAGCUUUUGGCCCUCGGUGCAAUAUGCAGUAAAUCAGUUACAGCUCAGUGUUAAUCUCAAACCUGCACAGUGUCGGGCAUUAUGGGAACUGUUCAAUGGACAUGAUGUGUUUGUCAUUCUUCCCACAGGCUAUGGCAAAAGCCUUAUUUAUCAGCUAGCUGUUUAUAUGCUUGGACAUAAACUAAACAUAAAAAAUCCAAAACUUCUGGUAGUCACUCCUCUGAAUGCCAUAGUUCAAGAUCAAGCCUCAAAACUUUCUAGCAUUGGGGUCCAAGUUGGUAUUCUUCGUGGUCAUAUGACUGGGUCUUGUCCUGAUCAUCAAAGUGAUGAAGAAGAAGAAGAAGAGACAAACCGCAUUUCAUCUACAGAUGUUUGUAUUGCUGGGAGCACCGAGGAGCAACUACGCAAAGCAAAUAUUGUCUAUGCCCAUCCUGAAGCAGUUGUGUCAUCUCGUCCCUAUUUACUGUCUGAUGCAAUCCAAAAUACCGUGGUUGCUACGGUGGUAGAUGAAGCACAUUGCAUAGUAGAAUGGGGUCUGGAUUUUAGACAGGACUUUGCAAAGUUAGCCAUUUUAGCUAGCCUAUUUCCACAUACUCCAACAGCUGCAAUGACGGCAACCGCUCCCCAAGAUUACAGAGAAGCCAUAAUUAAAUCACUUUGCUUGAAGAAGCCAGUAAUUAUUAGCAGGAACCCCGACAGAGAAAACAUCAUGUAUGCCGUAAAGAGUCGAUUGCCCUCUACCCAUGGUGUUCAAAGUUACUACGACAUACUCUAUCCAAUAGCCAUCAAGUUGCUUGAAGAACGCAUCUGUUAUCCAUCCAAUAUCAUUUACAUGAAACUAAAGUACUGCGGCUAUGCACACAGGCUAUUUGAAAAUGUACUUGGAGUUCAUCAGUACUAUCCAGAAACAUGUGCUGGUCCAGAUCACAGAUUGUUCGGUCAGUAUCAUGCGCCCCAAACUGAAGAAAUGAAACAAGUUCUGCUCAAGCAACUGUCAUCACAGAACACAUGCAGGGUUGUGUUUGUAACAUGUGCAGUAGGGAUGGGUGUAGAUGCCCCAAGUAUUCGCCAUGUUGUACACAUUGGAGUGCCACAUACAAUGAGAGCUUACUUUCAAGAGACAGGACAUUAAAUCUUUAAUGACCUGGUAUUCAUCCUUUGCAGCUGACCUAUGAGUGUGUUUCACUGACAAAUUGUGUACACUGGUAU